GUUCUGCUUUCAGCAAUAACAGAGGUGAAUUUAUCAAUGGUCUUGAAGUCGACUGCACGGAAGGUGCAGUGGGUGGUGAAGUUGGUAGGCUACAACAUAAUACAGCUAAUGGUUCAGGGAAAGCACUGCCAUCAACUGGGAAUUCUUUUGAUAAAAAUUUGAUAGACGAGGGUGCAAUUUGUGAUCUAGAUAGAAUGUUUCAGCAUCAGGAGUUCUCAUGUUAUAAUGGUGAUGUGUAUCAGUAUGAUGAUGAAUCUGGACUUGUUUGCAACCUGCCCGACACAGAGACAGAACUGUCACUUGACCGAGGCAAUGGGUCUGAUGAAGAUUCAGAAUUUGAGAAUUGCUCAUAUGUAUUUGAUCCUAAACGCUUACAUUCUGUAGCCAAUGUUCACAGCUCUCUUAAAAUCCCCAAAGAUGGACUUGGCUUGCAUGAUUCAAAUUUUCCCAGCAUGUCAAUGAGCCCAGGGAGUUUUGAAUGCAGACCAAAGCCGUCAGAUGUUUCAUGUGAAAAUCCAAGCCACAGAGCCACCCCCAGUGAUGACUUGGAAGACACUGGAGAUUUCAUCGACGCCGACCUACCUUCACAGAAACAUCUUUUAUCUAGCUCCGAUGAAAUGGACAGCGAUUCAUCUAGCGCCGGUAGUGACAGAGAGGAUGAGGAUGGCAAUUUGUGUAUGGAACAAAGUAAUCAACCGUUUCCCUAUGACUUGAACUCAAAUGAUUUGUCAGAAGUCUCAAGCAACUUUGAAUUGCUCGGUAUAAAUACAGAAGGUAAAGACUUCCAAGCCCUAUCUAGUCAAUUUAAAAAAUUCAAAGACAUUGGCAGAGCAACAAUUUCCUGUACUAAAAAUUCUUCAGACAAACCAUCUGUAAAAUCAUGCCAUAGCAGCAGCGAAAGUGAAAAUGGUGAUAGAUCACCCCCAGGCUCCCCAUCACGAAUGUAUGCCUAUAGUAAACCGGAACCUCGGGCGUGUUACAGCACUUCGGGACCUUGCCUUGAAGGGGCAGCCGCCUCGCAGCUGUCGGUUGAAGGUGACCAUGUCGUCGUAGACGAUGCCUAUAACUCGUGUCCUCCUGGUGCUGAAGGUGAGCUGCCUCCCCUGUCUUCCACUCAGUGCUUCCAUUCUAACUUGUUCUGUAAGAGGGGCAGUGUCAGCCCGUGCGGACAAAAUAAUGGCAAUCACAGCCCUGCCAGGGAGCACAUCGCUUUCACGGCCAGCAGCGAGUCGGAUCACGGUGGAGAUUUCCGCCAGCACCCGAAUCCUGAAUCCGCAUGCUGUUCUGUCAUAGCUGAUGGGGGUGCCUGCUGUCCCCCUGGCUACCAAGGGUCAGGGGUCAAUGACUUAAAUGCUUGCUGCCACCACAGUCACAGUCAUGUAGCCAAUGGUUUUAAUGAUGAUAGCCCUGGUGCAAACUUCAGCAAUGAUGAGAGCAACAGGCUACAGAAAGUAUUUGUCAAGUUUUCUAAUGAGGAUAAAGUUGAUGAAAGGGAGUCCCAUUCAGCUUCUUCUUGUGACCUGGUGGAUGUAAGUUUUCAUUGUUAAAAAUCUGGGAUAUUAAAUUUAAAAAAAAAAAUAAAUGUGAAUGAAGUGUGUGUAAACUAAUGAUCCAUUUUAGUGGUCAUAAUUUAUUGAGGACUUUCAUAACUGAUCUGCAAAGACUCUAAAUGUAUUAUCAGAAAUAAGUGUCAGCACUGGCAAAGUCAUCUUUUCUUAGGCGACAUAAUUUAUAAAUUUGUUUUUUUUAAAUAACGCUCUCGGCUGUAAAUUAGCUGGUGGUUAGUAUAUUCAACAUUCUUAGACCUAUAUUGGUGUCUGGGUGAAUUCAUUAAUUGGUAUUAUUGUUUUGUGAAAAUCAACAACCAGUAGUAAUCAAUGUCAAAAUGAUAAACAGAAAUGUAAUUAUUUUUUGAGAUCCCUGAAAAGGAUAUUCAUUUCAUCACCAUUUAUAUAACGCAUAUUCAGCAUUUUGUCAUCAUUUAUACAAAGCUUAUUUAACAUUUCAUCAUCAUUAUCUAAAGCUUAUCCAGCAUUUCAUCAUCAUUUAUAUAAAGCUUUAUCAGCAUUUCAUCAUCAUUGAUAUAAAGCUUAUUAAGCAUUUCACAUCAUUUAUAUAAAGCUCACUUAUUCAGCCUUUCAUCAUCAUUUAUACAAUGCUUUUUCAGCAUUUUGUAGCUAAAACAAAAUUAUAUCCCCGUCAUAUCAUUAAAAUCUGUAUCAUGUUUGACAAAGGAAAUGUUUAAAUACAUGCUUUCAUUUAGAUAUUUUUGUUCAAAGUGCUGCCCUCCACUAUUAAUGCAUGCACGUACAAAUGAAGUGCAUCCCCUUGACCAUGUUAGAAAGUUUAUAAUAAAUAGUUGAAUUUCUAAUAUAAAUGCAAUCCAAUGACAUAAUGAUCAACUUCAGGUUGAUGGCUUGAGUAUACUGGCAAGAAAGCAAGACAAGAGCAAUGAUAGUGGCGGUUCAGAAGAUCCUCUCAGGUAAUACCACUGGCUCUUGAGAAGGACUAAAUCCAUGGCCAUUAUUGUUUUAGUAUUUGUGAAAUUAUUAAUUUUUUCUUUUGUAGCAAGUUCAAGAAGAAGUAUUUUAUUUUAUUUGCUGUUAGUGACCUGUCAUCUACUUUAAUAAUUCAAACAGCAUUUUCAAGCACGUACUAUUUGAGUUUUGUAUCACAAAAAUUUACAAGACGUUGCUUACAAUAACUUUUAUAGGACUUUAUGAGGGAUGCUUUUGACUAAUGGUGGGAGUGGGAUAUUUUUGCUUAAUGCUGGGAGCAUAUAGAGACUACUAGUUAGCUUACUUACAUUAAAAAAAAAAUUAAAUUUUUUUUUUUAUCUCGUAUAUGUCUUGAAAAAAUUGCAAUUAGAUAUAGGUGGUUAGUACAAAAAUACUUUUUGCCUUAAAAGGAUAGUGGUUCAUUGUCAUUGCACACCCAUGAAUAUUUGGAGAUAUUAUAUUAUAUUUAAUAAUUCACUACUUUGUAAUUGGGAUUUACUUUUUCUGCACCAGCCAUGACAGUGGCGACAACGUUGACAUGGUCUUGUUGCCAAUGGAGGAAGAGAUUGAACCCGUUCAUCACCUCAGUGGACUUUGUGCAGGUGGGGUGGGCGAUGACGAUGAUGUGUACCAUGACUGCAAUGGACAGCUGGCCACUCUGUCAAAGUUUGGUGGGAACAAUGUGGGAUAUCUGUACGUUUUUUUUAAAAUGUCUCUUCUUUCUGCAUUCUAAUAUUAGGGUGUGUAUUUUUGGAAAUUUUGCCUGAGAAGGUUUCCAUGUUUAAGAAAGCUCUUAACUGGUUCACCACCAUAAGCCACUGGUAGGGCCAAACUUUCUUUCUAUCGUGGCCAUUGAGCCGCUGUGAGCGUCACAGUUUCUUUCAUAGUUAAACCAGUGAUCUAUUUAAACUCUAACUUUUGCUUCGGUUUGAGAUUUUAAUUUACCAACAGGAAGAUAAUUAAAUAUCCUCAUGGGACAGUCUGGAUGUGAACAAAAAAUGUAUUUUUUGUCAUAUUUAUAGUAUUUUGAGGGUAGAUUGCAAAUAUUUUUCAUGGCAACUAGCGAUGAGGUUACCAAGAGUAAAUGUGCAGUAAAUAAGGCCAAAGAUAUGUUUAUUCUAUUGCGGAUUCAUAUAUAUAUUUGAAAACCUUUUCUAUUUUGGCGUAGAUGUGAUUACAUGUAUGAUUAAAAGUGUAAAUAAUGAUUAAAUGUUUUUUGGAAAUUCAAAACUUGAAGUUAAGUUGAUACAUUUUUAAAAUCUUUGAAUGCUUUUCUCUUGUUUCACUCAGUACUUUAAUCUACCUGUUGAGACCUGAUGGCAGUACUAGACAACAUUUACUACCAUAAACAUUAUAUUGCAUUUAAGUACUGUUUAGUACCCGUAGAAAACCAAUUAGAAAUAAAUAAAUAUUUUGAGCUCAUGUAGUUUUUCUUAUCAUUUCAGAAGUGAUGAGCACCAGUAUCUCUAUUCACAAGAUCAAAAUCCAUUAGGAAAUGGCAUGGUAUGCAAUCAAGUCACUUAAAGAUAAUUAUGAAACCAGGAACGAAAGAGCUGCUCUUAGUUGAAAAAGUCAUUGAAAAAUUUUGAAUAAUCAAACAUAGAGUCAGCCAACUGGCCCAAAAGUUCAUAUUAAAUAAAGCUAAUCUGUUUAAGAAUUUAGACAAAUGUCCAUUGGAUGGUCACAUUUUAAUAAAAUAAAGCUAAUCUGUUUAAGAAUUUAGACAAAUGUCCAUUGGAUGGUCACAUAUUAAAUAAAGCUAAUCUGUUUUAGAAUCUAGAAAAAUUUCCCUUGGAUGGUUACAUAUUAAAUAAAGCUUAUCUGUUUUAGAACUUAGACAAACAUCCAUUGGAUGGUCACAUAUUAUAUGUAUUAUGUUUCAGCCGAGUAAAGAGUUUUAUGAGCUCAUUAAAACAGUAAGCACCACAGAUAGCUAUAUGAGGUUUUUUGAUAAGGACGGACAAGAUGUUCAGAGACAGGUGAAUAUUUUAUUUUGUGGUCGGGUUGAUUUGUAUGUGAGCAAAUAUAUUAUGUGUUUAAGUGACCAGAGAUUGAAUUGUUUAACUGACCAGAAGUUGAAUUGUUUAACUGACCACAGGUUGAAUUGUUUAACUGACCACAGGUUGAAUUGUUUAACUGACCAGAAGUUGAAUUGUUUAACUGACCAGAGGUUGAAUUAAAAAUCUAAAUGGCUUCCUCAACUUGAAAGUUGCUAUUCUAACUCUAUAAAAUAGAUUCUAUACAAUAUAUUCAGAUCAAUGUUUUUUGAAGAAAUAAAAUUACUGAAAACUAGAGAAAUAUUCCAUGUCUGAAAGCAUUAUGAUUUCUGCCGAAAUUGUGUCUGGAAAGCAAUAUUUAAUAAGAAUAUUGAUUGUCGUCAGCUUCAAACUUCAAUCAUUGCUCUGAAGGUGCAGACCCUUGUCAAUGCAACAUGUAGAUUUAUAAGUAAUAAAUGCAUGGAAGAUGUCAACCUAUGCACAUUUAGUUAUACUGGACAAUUUAAUCUGAUCAGGUUGUCACCCGAUUGCCCUGAAAUAGCUCAGUUUAAAAAAAAAAAAGUAAUAUCAGUGAUCCAUCUCUCAUUUGUCAAAUUGUUGGUUGUGUUUUACCUUAGGAGACCCAUUCAUUGCUAUCAGAGGUUUAAAAAAACAAACGAAGCAAACGGUGAAACAAAGCCCAGCACUUUGUCCCUCAGAAACACUACAGCAACCAGUGUUCUCAAACAGUCCAUCAAAGAAGCAGCAGGAAAUUGACCACCAACUUUAUUUCCAUUUAAUAUUGGUUUAUCAAAAGUUCCAGACAUUCUAUUGGUAGCACAGUUUCUGGCUGGUAAAUUCGAAUUGUCCUUUGUACAGAAUUGCUAUUAAAAUCUGGCACACAAAUGGUCACUUAUUUAGCGGUCUUGAAAUAUCUCUCCUGCUUUUACAAGUCAGCCAGUGCAAAAAUCCGGAUUUCUUCUUCUGUACAUAUACUAUGUAUUGUUAGCCUCGAGAUCACAAGAAACCAAUGGCCUCACUAGCAACUUCUUGACCGACGCCAUAUUGUCCACUAGACUUCAGAAAAUAAAUUUCUAGAGAGAAAUAACUGUAAGACCGGACUUUAUUUUUGUAGCUUAAGAAUAAAAGUUUGUUUUUCUCAUUGACUAAUUGCAAUGCAAUAAUUUCCUCAGCCGAUUCUGUCAUGUGACGAUGAUGACACAAAGGGAAAAUCCUCUUCCGGCGGCCAGAGCUCAAAAACGGAACGUCUGAAAGUGGAUCGGGUUAUGAUAUGGAAUGAAUAUGAAGCGUACGUCAUGCAGUUUAAGCAAAUUGCAGUUUCAGCCUGUGGGCAAACUGCAGUACUUAAUGUCCUGGUGAGUACACACCUGUUUACUCUUACGAUUUUGGCGUACAAUGUACGAUUUUGAGGUGUAAACAUUAUAUAUACUGUAUGGUGUUUUUUUUACUAUUAAGAUAAUGUAUUGAACAAUUUUGUGAUGAAAUUGUACGAUUUUAAGAGUCUGAGGGUAAACAGGUCUGUGAGUAGCUCUCAAGUCAACAUUUGAGUUGGUGAGUAGCUCUCAAGUCAACAUUUGAGUUGGUGAGUAGCUCUCAAGUCAACAUUUGAGUUGGUGAGUAGCUCUCAAGUCAACAUUUGAGUUGGUGAGUAGCUCUCAAGUCAACAUUUGAGUUGGUGAGUAGCUCUCAAGUCAACAUUUGAGUUGGUGAGUAGCUCUCAAGUCAACAUUUGAGUUGGUGAGUAGCUCUCAAGUCAACAUUUGAGUUGGUGAGUAGUUCUCAAGUCAACAUUUGAGUUGGUGAGUAGCUCUCAAGUCAACAUUUGAGUUGGUGAGUAGCUCUCAAGUCAACAUUUGAGUUGGUGAGUAGCUCUCAAGUCAACAUUUGAGUUUUUUGCAUUACAGCAAUUUUUACAACAGAAAUUCCCUUAGACUGUAUUUGAACUUGAAAUGCAUUAUCUCUGUCUGCAUUACCUCGGUAAUUUCAAACUGUCUUUGAUAGGAUAUAUUGGUCGUACAUAUCUAAAAACACAGACAGUUAUAAACAUAAAAUAGAAAUUUCACAAGAGUACUGAAAUUUAUAUUUGAAAGGUAACGAUACUUCCUAUUUUUACAUUGGCAUAAUACAAUAUUCAGCUAAGCAGGUACUUGAGUUACCACAUUUCAUGGACCGUAAUUAUGUUUACGAAUGUAGCUUAAGGAUGGCAAAGUCUUAAGAGCUCAGGAGCUUGUGUGAAUGUAGCUUAAGUAUGGCAAAGUCCUAAGAUCUCUGGAGCUUGUGUGAAUGUAGCCUAAGGAUGGCAGAGUCCUAAGAUCUCAGGAGCUUGUGUGGUCAGUUUAAUAGUGAAAUAUGAUCUAGACCACGAACUAAUUCAAAAGUAAGUAAGCUCACGCACAUAGUUUUCAUGCUGAACUCUCCUCUCCUUGACAGAAAGCUUUGAAGUUUAACUCUGAGAAAUCGUCAGUGUGUAAAGUGAUCCAGACAAGUUUAAGGAAGGAAGACGCUUGUGUUCCUGAGUAUCUGUUCUCCAGGGCCAGAGCAGGUAACACCAUCUUUUUAACUGAGAAACCUUUAAGAAGUGGCCAGGUUUAAUGUUAAAAACUUAUUUGCAGAAGUUUGGCCAAAAAAAUUCACUAUUUAAUUUUGAACAUAAUGUGAGCAUAUAGAUGAGCUAAUAUUCUUUUAGUGAUACAAAUAAAUGGAAACGUUUUUUUGAUUACAUUUGACAUAGUCAUUUCCAUCCCAUAAAUAAAAACAUAUUUUAGCCAAGACAACAUGUUACAAUUAUAACAGUUUAAACACAAAACAUCUCAAGUAUUUCUGUAGCGUAGGCAUCAGCCAUCAAUGAACUCCUCCAGUGACAAUGAUGACUUAAUUAGUGAUCAUUUAGAUUCAGUGGAAGUUGAUUCAAGUUUUAAUCGUGUCAGCUUGAGACAAGGGAGGGCUUAAAAGGCUAGCAUAGAAGUGACUCCAGUACUGUGUCUUGCUUGUCUCAGUAUUGUGUCUUGCUUGUCUCACUCAGGAACCACGGCUGAGGAGCUUAUGCACGGGGUCGAGAAGUUGAGUGGUGGAGCUGUUGGCGGAAGGUUCUUUCACUUCUGGCCACCACGUAAAGUCAAGCUGUUGCAGUGGCUGGCGUAUUGGAUGAAGAGAGGUAUACUGGUUAUGAUCCAUGGAUUUUGUAACAAGCUGGAAAGAAAAGAUACAUUUUUAUUCAUUUAUUUUAUAUACUCGUUUUCCUAAUUUUAUUUAUUUAUGAUGGUUUUUAGCUGACUCAUUCAUGCUUUUGUUUUUUUCUUAAUUUACACCACGUAUACACUUUUUAGAUUGUUCAUUCGGCACUAGAUAGAUAAAUUGUGUUUAUGGAUGUGCACACCACGUAAAUACUGUUAAUUGUUUAUGGAUGUGCACACCACGUAAAUACUGUUAAUAUUGUUCAUUCAGUACUAGAUAUAUUAAUUGUGUUUUUGGCUGUGCACACCACGUACAUACAGUUUAGAUUGUUCAUUCUGUACUAGAUAGAUUAAUUAUGUUAAUGGCUAUUCACACCACAUAUAUACUUUUUAGAUUGUUCAUUCUGUACUAGAUGGAUUAAUUGCUCUUAUGUCUGUGUGUAGAUCCGCUUUCUUAUAAACUCUUUUCCUUGGCUCACUUUGAUCAGGUGCCAUCCCCAUGGCCACACUAAAUCUACAGCAAGGUCCCCACUCUCUGUGGCAGGUUCCUGAUUCUUGGCACCAUCAGAUGGUCUACGGUGUCAGUCACCAAGGUAAAAACAACUGUUGAAAUACUGGGAAACCUCAUUAUGAUUGCUUUGUAUGACAUUAUAAAAUCUUAACAUUUUAUUUUUUAAAAUGACAUUUUGAACUAGAAAAAUUCGUAUGAAUAUAUGUAAUUUAUGGGAGCCAUACCAUGACCCCUUUAUAUCUGAAUUGAUGUUGUAGUGGUGCGUGUUAUUGUGACUUUCCAUUGUUACUUCUCUGUGUAAUGCAUACCCAUACCUGGAUAAAUCACUUAAUAUUUUCUGCCGAUAUCUCUAUUCAAUGGAUUGGUUUACUUCAGAUAUCUAAUCAAUCGAUUGGUUUACCUCAAAUAUCUCUAUCAAUCAAUUGGUUUGACUUCAGAUCUCUCGAAUCAAUUGAUAAGUUUACUUCAGAUCUCUCUAAUUAAUCUCACAUCUCUCUAAUCAACCCAUUGGUUUACUUCAGGCCUCUACUUGACCAACCCUUUGGAGAUUGUGUCGGAGAGGUCAGCCAUGAAGCAGCUGUGCAGUGAUUCUGUCCUUAUGGUCAGGAGACAAGAUAUUAUUUCUAGAUUCAGGGAAACAACUAAUUUGGGUCAGCUGUUCAGCCACCCGGACCCGCGGUGGAGGACCAUGAAUGUUUUAGGUAAGGUGUCUUUGUAUGAAACUGGAGCCAGGGGUGGCCUGGGCCGCCGGGACACUGGGAAGAUUCCCGAUGGGCCGCCAGGACCGGUGGUAUAAUAAUAAUUAAUAACUAAUAUGCGGUGAUAUUAGGGGCCACUUUUUUUUUUUUCCCGGGCCGCUUGAACUCCCCAGUCCACCCCUGACUGGAGCCGUGUUCUGACACAUUUGUCCCCAUUAAUCAACUUAAGUGUCUUUCGGGACCCAAUAGACUUUAAAGAUUACAAUAAAUGAUUCAUUACAUAUUUAAGAUAUUAUCAACUUUAUAAGACUAAUUGUUUCAUUCCUGAUAUUGUCUUGUUGUACCCAGAUUGAUGUAAUGUUAUCACAAGGCUGAUAGAUGUAAUGCAAUUACUUUCAAAGGAUAGGAAAACAUAAGUAGUUUAUAGUUUACAAAAAUUAAUACUGAUCAGACUUAUUUUGUAUGUCUUUGUGGGCUCACGUGUAGUGUGUUCUGUCUGUAACCCUCCACUGCUGUACACAGUGGUGUGUUCUGUCUCUAACCCUCCACUGCUGUACACAGUGGUGUGUUCUGUCUCUAACCCUCUGUACACAGUGGUGUGUUCUGUCUCUAACCCUCCACUGCUGUACACAGUAGUGUGUUCUGUCUCUCACCCUCCACUGCUGUACACAGUGGUGUGUUCUGUCUCUCACCCUCCCCUGCUGUACACAGUGGUGUGUUCUGUCUCUAACCCUCUGUACACAGUGGUGUGUUCUGUUUCUAAUGCUCCACUGCUGUACACAGUGGUGUGUUCUGUCUCUCACCCUCCACUGCUGUACACAGUAGUGUGUUCUGUCUCUAACCCUCCACUGCUGUACACAGUGGUGUGUUCUGUCUCUCACCCUCCACUGCUGUACACAGUAGUGUGUUCUGUCUCUAACCCUCCACUGCUGUACACAGUGGUGUGUUCUGUCUCUCACCCUCCACUGCUGUACACAGUAGUGUGUUCUGUCUCUAACCCUCCACUGCUGUACACAGUGGUGUGUUCUGUCUCUCACCCUCCACUGCUGUACACAGUAGUGUGUUCUGUCUCUAACCCUCCACUGCUGUACACAGUGGUGUGUUCUGUCUCUCACCCUCCACUGCUGUACACAGUAGUGUGUUCUGUCUCUAACCCUCCACUGCUGUACACAGUAGUGUGUUCUGUCUCUAACCCUCCACUGCUGUACACAGUAGUGUGUUCUGUCUCUAACCCUCCACUGCUGUACACAGUAGUGUGUUCUGUCUCUCACCCUACACUGAUGUAAACGGUGGAUUUUUAUUAACAAAUAGUUUGUGUUUGUUCCAAUGAAUAAUGUUCCCGUGUUUGUGGUCCCAGGCCAGGUUGUGAAUGUGCUGAGAGAGUUCAACAUGCCCAGCAUGCCCGGGUACAGGCUGCAGGUCACCUCUCACGUCACCAUACCAGCUUCCUACAAGGCGGGCGUAACGCUGUUCAUGCGCAAGGACAAAUCCUCGUGGACCACUCUGAUGAACGCACCAGAGAUCCCACUAGAGCAGUGA